AUGCCCAACUACCUGAUUACUGGAGCCAACAGAGGACUUGGUUUGGGCUUUAUCACAACCCUUGCGAAGGACCAGUCGAACACCGUCAUCGGACUUGUCCGAGACCAGAAAGCGGCCGAAGAACAGGUCCUACCCACCGAGUUCAACAACGUGUAUUUUGUAGAAGCAGACAUUGUCGACACCAAAGCCCUUAAGCUCGCGGCGGAGCGGGUACAGGAGAUCGUUGGCGCGGCUGGUCUGGACGUCUUGAUUUGCAAUGCCGCCGAACACGACAUACAGGCUGCAAUCGCUGACACACGGGCCAGCAUCGACGUCAAUGUAGUCGGGUCGCUGAAAGCGGUCAAUGCGUUUCUGCCACACAUUAGAAAGGGCGGACUCAAAAAAGUCGUCGCGGUCUCGAGCGGCAUGGGAGACAUCGAUUUCAUCAACGAGGCCCGCAUCUCCAAUGCAGCGCCGUAUGCAACCAGUAAAGCAGCCCUUAGCACCCUCUUCGCGAAGCUAGGAACGGCGUACGAAGACGAAGGAAUCUUGUUCAUGUCGCUCUGCCCGGGCUUGGUGGAUACCGCAAUUGGCCCGCCAUCUUUAUCCGAAGGCGAUCUGCUACGCUUCCAGAAUAUCACAGCAAGGUUUGAGAAGUACGCUCCCGGCUUCAAAGCCACCUCGCCAACGGACGCGGCUCAAAAGUGCCUGGCAGCCAUCGAGCGUUCGUCAUUGCAAGGGGGCUCCGGAGGAUCCUUCCUCAGCCAUAAUGGAACGAAGCGGUGGAUGUGA